GCAAUGGCUUUACUCCGAAUGGUGGUGUUUCUGGCUGCUGUGCUGCUUACAUCUUUACCUGCUGAUGGAAAGGAUCCAGCUUUUGGUGCUUUGCUAACCACCCAAACUCAAGUCCAAAAGGAGAUUGUAAAUAAACACAAUGAACUAAGGAAAGGAGUCUCUCCACCUGCCAGCAACAUGCUAAAGAUGGAAUGGAGCAGAGAAGCAACAGCAAAUGCCCAAAAGUGGGCAAACAGGUGCACUUUAGAACACAGUAGUAUGGAUGACCGAAAAACCAGUACGAAAUGUGGUGAGAAUCUCUAUAUGUCAACUGACCCUACUUCCUGGUCAACUGCAAUUCAAAGCUGGUAUGAUGAGAGUCACAAUUUUAUCUAUGGUGUAGGGCCAAAAAGUCCCAAUGAAGCUAUUGGACAUUAUACUCAGGUUGUUUGGUACUCAUCUUCUCGUGUUGGAUGUGGAAUUGCCUACUGUCCCAAUCAAGAACUUUUAAAAUAUUACUAUGUUUGCCAAUAUUGUCCUGCGGGUAAUAUUGUGAAUAAAAAGCAUACCCCAUAUAAAGAAGGAACACCUUGUGCCAGUUGCCCCAAUCACUGUGAAAAUGGACUAUGCACUAACAGUUGCGAGUAUGAAGAUUCCCUUAGUAACUGUGCAGAAUUGAAGGAUACAGCUGGCUGUGAACAUGCAUUACUGAAAGAAAAAUGCAAGGCUACGUGCAAUUGUGAAAACAAAAUUUACUAA